AUGUGCCAGAUGCUCGUCCAAAUCUACACGUGCGAGCACCAAAAGCCAGUGUGCAUAACGCCAUGUCCACACGCACUAGCCACGUACCCGAAUCCCUUCUUAGGAAAUCCAAGUGAAAGCCUACCUCUAAACCCUCAAAUCUCCUCGACGACGCCAUUACCGGUCCGGCAGACAAUGGCCCGCUGGUCCAUUGCGAGCAUCUCCUCAUACGCUCCUACCAUGUCGUCCAGCUCCUCGCAAGAAGCCGCUUCCCCACCACCAUAUGCGUCUGCAUCGAACAUCCCCCUCUGUAACUCUACAGCCGACACUCUAGGUCACGCACACACACCGGAAAUCGCCCCACAGGCCAACUUCUGCAACUACUUCUUCAUCCGCAAGGCUCCAAAAUCCCGCUACCCAUGCAUCCGAUGCUACCUGUGCCCCGAACACGACAAGCUUCGCGAGCGCUGGAUGAAGGCGUAUUGUAUCACGCAUCCGAUGACGCGACCUGAGGAUCUGGAGAUAUUGAGUGGGGUUGCCGUGGUGGCGGAGCAGGCUGGGUUGGUGAAUGUGAUGAGGGAGAUGGAUGGGAUGGCGAUACGGAGGGUGAGUAUUAUGAGAAAUGGGGAGGUGGUGACUAGGGGGAUUGUGGAGAGGGAGCAGGGACAUUCGGGCUUGAGGGGAGGGGAGGGUGUAGAUGAGGAGGAAUGUUAG